AUGAAUUCUAAUAAUCAUUAUUCAUCAUUUAUUGAACAUUCAUUUCGUCGACUUUCUCUUCUAAUUCAUCAACAAGAUAUUCUCAAUAGUACUAAUUCAAUUUCUACUAAUAAGACAACUGAACAAUCCUACAAUACAUCAUCAUUAGUAAAUAACAAGAAAAAUAAUCUUAGUAAUAAUGAUAUAUUAUUAUUUUCACCAAAACUCCAAUCGAAACAACAAACAAUUGAUGAUAAAUCAACUAACUCAAUCGAAACAAUGGGAAAUAUCGAGCCAAUAGCAGCAAGAAGAAAUCGUGUUUUUAUGCGUCCACCUAAAAGUCGAACAAUUAUUUCAUGUCAUUCAUCAUCAUCAGCAUCAUCACCACAAUAUUCUGAUCGAUUAGAAAAUUCUUUUAAUCAUUCAUUAAAUUCUUCAUGUUCACCUUGUUUAAUACAAAGAAAAUCAAAUGAAUUACCAAUUCAUGUGCCUUGUGAAAGAAGUUUAUAUGAUAUUAAAUUUGAAAGAGAUCGUCAAAAUGAUGUACGUGAAAAAUACAAUAUUCCUCCACCAUUUCAACGAAAAUGGUUACGACAACCUCGUUAUAUACCUCAGGAACGACCUAAUUUUGGUCAAAUUCAACAGUCACAAAAUUAG